AUGACACGACCCGUUUUUUGCAAAUGGGUUAGAAAAUGCAACCUGGACCCGACCCGCCGGGUUGUUGGGUUGACACAACCCGACACGAAAUCCGACGAGACGGAUGGCUGGCAGGUCGAGACGCUGGCUUGUGGGGCCAAUCCGAGACGGACGGUGGACGGUGGCCAGGUUGAGGCGUUGCCUAGUGCGACAGGCCAAGGCGCUGGCACUGUGUUGCCUCAUGUGACUAAUCCCACAUGCCACUUGGUCCACCGUGGACUUGAAGGCCGCCAUGUUGAGGCACCCGAUAAAACAGAAGAAUCCUCCAUUUCGCCGGACAAAGGCCAUUUUAGGAAAUCUGAAACGGAAAGCGCCAUCGAAGUUGGCAUGAAAGUGUCCGACUUCCUCCGACUCGCCGACGACGACUAUUAUGACACGGUGAGGAAAAGUCGUCGGAGAAAAAGGAGCAAUCUUGGCGGACCUUCGCCGCAAUCUGAGUCCCAAGGCUUUCGUUCCCUCCUCUUACAAUGGCUUCAAAAUCCAAAGCUUUCCGCCGGCGACGAAGGUGAUGGAGCAGGGAAGGGGACUAAGCUAGGCCGCCGGAUUUCGUUUCCAAGAUCUUGCUGCUUGGAGGAUGAGAAAGUGAAGGAGAAGGAAGAGAGGGAUGACGUGGGGGCUGCCAUGAAGGAUUCUUUGGGAGGACAUGGAGAAAGGAAACUUGAGGCUCUUUCUUUCAAACUUGGCUUGGGGGCAGCUCUAAUCUUCUUCCUGGCAAAAAGUGCUACUGAAUUUAUUAAAAUGACUGAACUAAGAUCUGAGAUGGAAAUAUUGCUAAAGUAUGUCAAGGGUGAAAUUCAAAGAAACGCUGUUGCUUCUAUGUUAGCUGAAUCGAAGCUUGACACCUUACCAACUUCAAAUUACUGGGAGAUUCUAAGUUCAAACAAACCUCUGUGGUUGCUUGAUGAAACUGAAUCAUGUAAUACAUUGUCUAACUUGCACAUAUAUUUGGAUGAUAGAAUGUGCCUAAAGGGCAAUGAAAUGGAGCAAGAGCUCCAAGUUGAACUAAAAAGCUUGCAGCUUAACUUAGAAGGCCAGGAUUUAUCUGUGCAUCCAUAUCAACGAAGGAAGGAGGCAGGAAGUCAAAGCUGUGAGAACUUGAAUGGAACUCAUAAAGUUAACCGUCCUAAAGAAGCAGAAUCCAACAAACAUUGCGGGGUUUGCCCUCGCGAGCUAGAGAGAAGGCUCUAUGAGCUACUUGAAGCAAGAAAACAGGAAUGGAUAGAAGAACUUGAGACUGAUAUCAAAUGCAGGGAGAGGAAGUUCCAUGAGAAAGACACAGAGAUCUGCUGGUGGGGAGAGACAUUGCAAGGUUGGUCUCAGAGCAUAGAGAAGACAAGCUUCAUUUGCAGUUCCAAGAGAGAUGCAGUAGAAUCUGCAUCGUCACUUAGAACAUGCAUCUAAGAGAGUAGAUUGGAUUAUAGCAAUUAAUUGCAGUUGGAAGAUCGUUGAAGGCUGUCAAAUACAGAGUUCAGGGCAUUCACUGCUCAUGCAAAAUGUUUCUUUUGUCUACUUCACCUUGCAUCAUUGUGUCCUGAGGUAUGUUUUCAUAAGAUGUUCCAAGCUCUCUUUUUUAAUCCGGCAUUUAUUUGUAUGUUUAAAGCUGAGACAUUUAUUUAUUAUUUUUUUGGCUAUACAUUUCCGGGUGCUGUAAUUUGUGAUUGUUUUAUAAAAAUUUGAUCUUUUCAGUGCC